CGUUUUAAUCUAAACAAAGCGUUAUUGUACGUCAAAAAGCGGUUUCAUCCAUACAAAAACACAUACCUACUAUAUCAAAAUCAUCGUCAAAUUAAGUUAUUGAAUGAUACAAGUUUCGAUAUGAUAGAAAUUCAACCGUUUUCUGGAAAUAUCUCUGAUAUUGAACAUUAUGGAAGUUCGAGAGAGAAAGGGCUGUGGCAGACUCUGAUAGUUGCUAUUUUCCUGUCACCGAUCAUUGUGCUCGGUGUGCUUGGCAAUAUUUUCUCUUUACUGGUAUGGGUCAAAGGUCGUCGUCGGAAAACCUCUACAGCACGUUACCUUUCAACACUGGCCAUUGCCGACAUAAUAGUUCUUCUGACUACCGCCCUCGAAUUCUGGAUCACCUAUGUCUUUCACAUUGACGUCAAAGCAGAAGGGACUUUCUUGUGCAAGUUUUUCUACUUUAUGGCGUUUUUCACGCCCUCGCUCUCAGCGUGGAUCCUUGUGGCGGUUACCAUUGAGAGAGCCCUCAGCGUGUGGAUUCCUCAUAAGAUAAAUGUAGCUUGUCGACCGAUCACUGCCCUUGUUGUGUCAGGCGUGGUAUGUUUUAUUCUAUGUUUACUGUACCUCCCUGUGCUGAUGGGAGUGGAUGUUGUCAGUAUUUUUACAUCAACCAAGGCGUGGAAUGAAUGCCGGCCAUUAACUGAUACUAUAUACCGGAAGAACCUUUAUGAAUGGUUCUACAUCGAUUUGUGUUUAUUUUUCAUUGUGCCUUUUCUGUUGAUGCUGGUGUGUAAUAUUUUUAUCUUAGCCAAAGUUGUAUGUCUUGCUCAGAAGCGUAGCUCUUCUCUACACGCCCAGAGGCAGAACAAGCCUUCCGGAAAAAGUAAGAAAAUGCUGAAAACUGUUACCAGAAGAAUUGUUAUACUUACAGUGACAUUCAUAGUGUGCAAUGCACCGCUUUCUAUCCUUAACGUUAUCGUGUCAUCACCGGACGCAGACGACAUAAUUGACGCAGAGCACGUGCAGUAUUACCGGAUACCAUUUCACGUGAUGAUGUACGCGAACAAUGGUGUAAAUUUCCUACUUUACUGUCUGAUUGGGUCAGGAUUUAGAAAGGAUUUCAUGGGCAUCAUACGACCUAGUAGCAGAACAUCAACAACAAGAUAAAUCAAGCUUUGCACGAGGACAAAGAACGCGCAUGCUCGUCAUGUACUUCCAGUAGGGUAUACAUGAAUACGAAUAGUGAAUAUAUUUCAUGUCACUAUGGCACUAUAUAUCUAGUUAAUUAAAAUAAGUGUACAGUGUAUUUAUUAGCUGGUAAAAGGGAACAUGUGAAAAUGUGAUAUUACUAAUGAUGAAAUUGAUGAUUUGUAUUAAGGUGAACAUGUACGUAAUAGAAGGUCUGUAAUACCAUGAAUAAUUUUGUUGUCGCAAGAAAUUUGAAUAUAAAUAUAUGAAUGUUGUUGGUAAAUGUGAGAUAUCUGAUCCGAUAUUUUAUAUCUGUAUAUAGAGGAUUAUAAACUGUUCUAUAACUAAGUAUUAUUUUUAUCGUGUAAAUCUCUGUUAACUUUUUUUUCAAGGAAUAUUUUAUAAAAAAAUAAAGUGGUUGAGUUCCUGUAAACGACUUUUAAGUUUCUUUAGGGACAUCUAAAUGAUAAGAAUCACCUAAAUAUUUUAUCUAUUUUGUUGUAUCAAGCAUUUAAGUAUAGGUGUUUGAAUUUAGAUGAAAUUUUGAUUUCAAAUUAUUACAAACAAACAUGUUUAAAAUUAUGAUGAAGACAAAACGAAAAUAAAACUGCAAGCGGUCA